AUGGAGUCAAGUGGUGGAAAUAAUUCGAAUAGUACCCCAAAGAUAAUGGUAUUCAGACCAACAUGGGAAGAAUUUCAGAAUUUUCCUAAGUUUAUUAAAUACAUUGAGUCACAAGGAGCUCAUAAAGCUGGGCUGGCAAAGGUUAUACCACCACCUGAAUGGAAACCAAGACGUAAUGGUUAUGAUGAUAUAGAUAUUACUAUACCAGCACCUAUUAGUCAGAUGGUCAAUGGCUGUCAGGGUCUAUACACACAGUAUAACAUACAGAAAAAACCUCUUACAGUUAAAGAGUUUGAGAAAUUGGCCAAUAGUGACAAAUAUCGGACACCCAAACAUUUUGAUUAUGAGGAAUUAGAAAGAAAGUAUUGGAAGAAUAUAACAUUUGGAGCACCAAUUUACGGUGCUGAUAUAUCCGGAAGUAUUUAUGAUGAGGAUCAGAAUGAGUGGAAUAUCAAUAGGCUUGGUACCAUUCUAGACUAUGUAGCAGGUGAUUAUGGUAUCCAUAUUGAAGGUGUUAAUACAGCCUAUCUAUAUUUUGGUAUGUGGAAGACUACCUUCGCCUGGCACACAGAGGACAUGGAUCUAUAUAGUAUUAAUUAUCUUCAUUUUGGUGCUCCGAAAUCAUGGUAUGCUGUUCCUCCAGAACAUGGAAAACGACUUGAAAGACUCGCUCAAGGUUUUUUCCCAGGAAGUUUUCAAGCAUGUCCUGCCUUUUUACGCCAUAAAAUGACACUGAUAUCACCUCAUAUUUUAAAACAGUAUUCUAUUCCUGUUAACAAGAUAACCCAAGAGGCUGGUGAGUUUAUGAUAACAUUUCCUUAUGGUUAUCAUUCGGGAUAUAAUCAUGGUUUUAAUUGUGCUGAAUCUACUAAUUUUGCUACUGAAAGAUGGAUCGAGUAUGGUAAAAGAUGUCUUCAGUGUAUAUGUAGAAAGGAUGGUGUAAAGAUUAGUAUGGACUGUUUUAUAAAAAGAUUUCAACCUGAUCGUUAUCCAUUAUGGAAGGCUGGUGAAGACAUUGGUCCUCAUCCAGAAGAUAGAUACAAGAAAAAUAUCAGAUCAGGGUUAGAUGAUUUCAGAAUUAAUGAACCAGAAAAACAGAACCGCUGA